AUGCAUGAUUCGAAAAUAUAUAUUACAUCUGACGUCGUCGACCAAGUUAAUCCCGGCGCAAUGAGACAGCCUCUGGUGAGCUAUCAUAGCAUCUCCAGGGCGCAAGAGGGCUCUCUUCGGAUACCCAACAUCGAGCCGCUUUGCUCUGAAAGUGCGCACGAUGUCAUCCGGAGGAGUCUGCGUUCAUUGCCAAGAAAAUUGUACAUCAUACACGCGAGUCAGGUACAAUUCUUGCCAUCAACCGACCAUUUCUACGUGCGGGAAGAAGAUGUUACGUACCGUUGCUACGAUUUUCCCCAUCGCAGGGUGAGUAAUCAAGUGAGACCCUAA